AUGCCGAUCUGCUUCUGCCCAAGCUCGUUCAGCCAGCUCCGCGAGAACAUGUGGAUUUUGUCCUCCGUCCUGUGGGUCGAGAUGAGUCUCGUGGUCGCUCUCGCCGACGCCACCACGGUGAUUCCACACGACAUCGACAUCGACGCCACCACAGCCCAGAGCUUACAGCCAAUUGCGAGAAACUGGUCUACGGGCAAGAAGCGUCUAACCGCCAGUAUUGCAUGCAUCAACACAGCUCUGCUUGGCAUCAUCGUCGGUAUCUACGCUGGUGAGGUACCUCGUAUCCAGUACUCUCUCGCAGACGAACGCCAUAUCGUGAUCAUAGGCAAUGCAGUACUCUACGCUGGACUUGCUAUCUCGACCUUCUUCGCUUGGACACUACCUCUCCUGCACGGACGAAAGCCCUAUAUUCUUGCUUCACUAGCAAUCGCCUUGCCACUUCAGUUUCCUCAAGCUAUUGUUGUAAGCGGCUACCACAACAAGGAGGCAAAGUAUCGUGUCGGCCUUCUGCUAUCGCGCGGUGUAUCUGGUUUCGUCCUCGGUUUCGCAAACGUCAAUUACAUCACUGUACUACUUGACCUCUUUGGGGCUUCGCUACAGUCCAAGAAUCCGCACCAAGAGUUCGUUGUCGCGAAUGAUGUCCGCCGCCAUGGUGGGGGUAUGGGUAUGUGGCUGGGUAUCUGGUCAUGGUGCUGGAUUGCUUCCAUUGCCGUCGGCUUUCAGAUUGGCGCUGCGAUCAUCGACCGUCUAUCGCCGCAGUGGGGAUUCUACAUUAUCGUCGUGAUUCUAGCUUUUGCCUUGGUCCUCAACAUCACGACUUCGGAAACGCGACGCGCACCCUUUCGGAAGUCUGUAACUGAGGUGUACGACAGAGACGAGAACUAUAUUACCAGGCGCGUGAGUCGGGGUGAGGUAAAGUUACAUAUCGAGACCGAGGGACCGAAGUAUUGGUUUGAAGAAGCGUGGGCGGGUAUCAAGCUCAUGACAAUGAUGCUCUGCCAACCUGGCUUUCUCGUCCUGGCACUCUAUCUUGGAUGGAUCUACGCCCAGGUAGUACUUGUGAUAGUCCUUCUCGGUGCUCUGUUGUCGCGAGACUACCGAUGGAAACCAACAAAGGUGGGCGCAGGCGUUAUAUCGAUAGCUAUUGGCGCCUUCCUUGCCAUCCCCUUGACGAAAGCCGGCAUCUUCUCUCGUGAGCGGAAAAGUGCGUUCCGCACCGACUCCAUGACUUUCCAGAAGCAAGUGACCUGGUCGAGCCAUCUUGUCCGCCGCGCCAUCUUCACGCUCACGCUUCCGCUGAUGGGCAUGGCGUACACUGUCUCGUCGGCUAGGUGCCCUCAACCAUGGCUUGUACCGAUCAUCUUCGCUGGCGCCGUAGGAUUCCUCAGUAUCCUCGCCAUAGCCGAGUGCCAUGGCCUGAUGAUGGAGACGUUCGAUACCUGUGACUUGCAACCUGGAGUCAACACGCGACAUCGCUUGCAAAGUAUGGCUGUCCAAGAUCGCAGGCGAAGGACAAACUACACCUCCUUUCCACGUGUCACUGCUGGUGUUUUCGCUAGCCAGAUCAUCGCUUUCGUCCUCGCUGCUGUCGCAACCAUGGUGGGCGGCAACAUGACGCGAAGUCUUGGCGCACAGAAAUCCACGGGUGCUACGGCGGGCAUCCUGUUUGGCAUCACUGUUCUUCUGAUCCUGGUCCUCUGUCGCUUCAAGUCCGUACAAGUUAUACCCAACCAUACCUUCGGAACCCGUCGCGACACGGCAGCCUGGCAGGAGUUCAAAGACCUAGAAAAGGUCGGCAGGGGCAGUGACUGGAAAGCUGUUGUGAUUGGAAACCCCAGUGGUAAGAUGAGAAGGAUGAGUGUGCUUGAGUUGGGUGCGUUGAGUCGCUGGACUGAGAUCAGAAAGUUGAACUUUCUGAUCAAAGGUGAGAUGUUGGGACAGCCCAAGGAGAAGAAGAGGAGUUUCGAUGGUAGUUGGUGA